UCGAAGCAAAAAGCACAAAGUCCGCGAAGCGCAAUGCAAGAGCAGGUCCCUUCGGCGCCAGACGUAUUCCCCGAGCAAAUUGAUGGCCGCACUCCUCCUCCACGAGAUCAUCCUCAGCGGCAGGAGCUCGGCACUCGAGACUGGAGCGAAGUGCUGGGUGUUGCUGCUCUCGUAGGAUGUGAUCAAUCUAUAGUCGCACGGGCGGCUGGUCGCUGUGCUGCAUUAUUUGACGAAAGCAUGACAUUCCGAACCAUGCCGGACGCGUCGGCAGGUGAGGCAAGAGAAUAUUAUUCUCAACAAUAUCGAAACGGACUUGGCGCAGUAAGCUCGUCUGAUGGAAUAAAGAAGGAUGUGCUUACACUAGAUGCGAACAUACAUGGUCAUUACUGUCCACAUGCUUCUUGUGCUCGACAUCGUGAACCAUUUCUUCAACGGUGGCGACUCAGAGAGCAUCUCAAGCGGAAGCACGAGCAAAUAGAUUUCGGCAACUACGACAUGGUGGGUAAAGCAGGGCAACAUGUCAAUCCCGGGGACCCAUCGAAUAUCUUGGUAGAUAACAAGGACCAGCUCGCGGAGAAUCUGCAGGAGUGCGCACUGUUGCCAUCAGUUGAAACUGUCGAGAAUGAAGAGUAUCUCCAGCCCGUGCUUAUCAACAUAGGUCGAUCCAAGGAUCGGAAGGUGCGUCGAACACCCAGUAGGGAGCAUCUGAGAAGGACAAGCGUAGUGCAAGAUGGUGCCACGGGGGACAAAGAGAUUGUCGACUAGGAGUGCUUCUCUCAUAUCUACGUACGAGAAAAUAGUCGAGAGCCCUGCGCUUCAAUGGCACAAGCAUGAAGAGAAUUCAGAAGGUCAAC